CGCCCUCUCCGUCACCGCUCUACCGAGAUACCCUUGAGAUAUCAUAUCCUCAAGCUCCGAUAGAUAUCCAGAAAAUAAAAUCGGCUGUUUGCUAUUUAUAAAGACCGUCAAGAUGUCCACUGAUCUUUGUCCGGUUUACGCGCCCUUCUUCGGCGCCCUAGGCUGCACCUCCGCUAUCGUCUUCACCUGUUUCGGUGCCGCCUAUGGAACCGCCAAAGCCGGUGUAGGUGUUUGCGGUAUGGCCGUUCUCCGGCCUGAUCUGAUUGUUCGAAACAUCGUCCCCAUUGUCAUGGCUGGUAUUAUCGCCAUUUACGGUCUCGUCGUCUCCGUGCUGAUUGCGAAUGAUUUGAAUCAACGUCUGCCUCUGUAUACGGGGUUCAUUCAACUUGGUGCUGGCCUUGCUGUUGGUUUGGCUGGUUUGGCUGCUGGUUUCGCAAUUGGUAUCGUCGGAGACGCCGGUGUCCGUGGGUCCGCUCAACAACCCCGUCUUUAUGUCGGAAUGAUUCUUAUUCUUAUUUUUGCUGAAGUUUUGGGUCUCUACGGUCUCAUCGUCGCUCUACUCAUGAACUCGCGCUCACGCGGUGAAUGUUAUUAAACACGACGUAUUGGAGAUGGGUUAAGUGACUGGAAAUCGGAUUAACGUCGAUUUGGAUAUAUAUCUAAACUCGAUGCAUCAUUCAUCGUCAUCACUUGAACCCAAUGUCUGUGCAUGCAUCUUGCGUGCAAGUCAAGCCAUAAACGAUACCCAUCUUUGAGACAAAGCUACUUGGCAGUCUUACUGAUGAAUAUCGUACUAGACGAGACUGAACUUAUAUCACACAGAGAAAAUAUGCAGUCUAUUCUCGCCAUUCAUGUAAAGCAAAGAAAAUCAUUUCUCUUUUCUUUUCUCUUUUCUUUUUUAUUUCUGUUGUUGUUUGUUUGUGUGUUCUGGUAUGUUUUACGUUAUUGACAUAUAUAUUUGAAUUACAUUGAGUAGAUUUAAACUAG